AUGUCAUCGUCCUUGGCCGACCAGGAGCCGCAGCCAGAAGAGCUGCAGCAGCAGACGGAUCAUCAGCCCGACCCUCAUUCCGACCCCCCCGCAUCGCCGACUGCUUCCCAGCAAGCCACUGCCCACGCGUAUGCCAGCAAUGGACUCCAGGUCCUUCAAGCUGCCUCGGAUGCAGCUGCCGCGGCCGCCAUCCAGCAUGUCCAGCAUCAUCUGAGCACUGCCGCCGCUGCUGUCACCGCCGCCGACGAGCAGCAGAUACAUCAACAGCAGCACGAUGCCCAGCCUAUCGAAGAGCAGCAGCAGCAACAACAACAACAACAGCUGGAGCAGGAGCAGCUGGCGAUACCCUCAGCUGUCGAGCAGGACCAAGUCCAGCAUCAACAACAACUACAACACCAGCCUCCGCCUCCUCCGCACACCCCGUCCCAGGCGCCGCCUCACCACCUUCCUCCACAGGCCACCCAUACCUCAACAGUCGCAGGCCCUCCGCCUGUGUCUCCCCUAGUUGCCAAUGGCCCACUCGGUGCCGUGUCGCAGAGCGCCAUGUCCGCCUUCCCUCACGCCUUCGCCGCCCCGAUGCCGUCCAUGCCACGAGACCCGACCGUCAACCCGAAGCUGACCCGCCUCCGACGCGCCUGUGACAUGUGCUCCCAACGCAAGGUCAAGUGCGAUGAGUCUGGUCCGCCGUGUAGACCAUGCUCCGAACUCAACGUCGAAUGCACCUUCAACCGAGAACUGAAAAGGCGAGGACCCCCGAAUAAGCACGCCGAGGCUGCCAGGGCCGCUCGAAGGCAGAGGAUCGAGCCUGGCCUAUCGCCUGGCCUGUCGCCUGCCACGGCUGCCUUCACCUCGUAUGGCGCCGCCGUUACGCCCUCACCAUCACCCCACAACGCUGCCCAGGCCCUCGUGUCCAUAGCAGAGGGACCAGGACGUUUGGAUGCCGAGAACAUCGCCCCCUUACCCAUCCUCGAGCUCUUGAUCGACGACUUCUUCACCUACAUCCAUCCGCUCGCCCCCUUUCCACACGAACCGACCUUCAGGCACUCCUUUGCCAACAGAGAGGACAGGACGAACCCCGAGUUCCUCGGUCUGUUGUCCGCCAUGAUUGCCGCUCUAGUGUCUUCCUUCCCCCGGAGUGCCCGGCAGCAUCUCAAGACGCAGCACAGCACUCACCUAUUCCCGAGGGCGAUAGUCAUGAUUGAGAAAUGUCGAGAUAUUGCCUUGGAUACGCGAGGAGCGCGCUGGGCACUGAAGCAGAAGACGUUGGAUGAUGCCGCUACCAGCUACUUUCUCGGACUCGCGGCAGGCUACACGUUCCAGGUGAACCGCUUCCGCUACUUCAUGUCCGAGUGUCUAUCUCUCAUUCGAGAGCUUGGCUUUCACCGGCCAAAACAUCCCCAUGAGCUCCCCACCUUUGGCAACGACAACUGCUCGUCCGACCCCCUCCCUUUCCACCAUAUCAAGGAUCAGAUCGGCAAGCGCAUCUUUUGGUGUCUUCUGCUCGGCGUCAGGUCAUUUUCGCAACUAGGUGCCUCGCAUGCCGACUUGGUCAUCGCCCCUUCGACCCCCGGAUUGCCAUAUCCGGCCCUGCCCGAGAAUGUCGAUGAUCUGUACAUCAUGGCCAACGAAAUCGUCUUUCCACCGGAAAGCUCCGUCACCCUCCUCACUGGUUUCCGAUUUGCCGUCGACAUUUACACCACCAUGAACGCCAUUGUCAGCGUUGAGCUCGUUUACGGGAUGAGCACGCUUCCGUGGCUCGAUCAAAGGUCUCUGCUGAGAGAUGCUCUCAUCGCCGCCAAGGACAUCAUCGACCGACUCCCGCCGGAACUUCAGCUCAGUGCCUCUCACGACCAAUCGAGCGGCUUUGGCACCCUUGAAGAUGCCGACCUCCAAUACGUGCCUCCCGCCUACCCCAACAGCCAGCCUCCCAACGAUGUUCGCAAUGUGAUUAAGAACCACCCCCAACGCCGACGGCAGCUUCAGUACGAGAUUCAAAAGGCCAACAUCUACAUUUCUCAAUUGGCUACGCGCUCAUUUUACGUCGAGCUGUACUUCAACUUACGCGACGUCCACAUGUCCGAUCCGAAUAAAGAGGAGCAGGUUGGGGAAAGCGCCGAAGAACAAGCCGCCAAGGGGGCCGAGGAUGCAGACGAGGCCCGAGUCUUUGAGCUAAUGACGGCUGAGCGGGAGCUUAUCGUACAAAAUCUACUCCACGUCUUGGGCUCCAUCUCGCAACGCAACCUCGAGCCCAACGGCGGGUCUCUCAUCAACAAGGUUCGGCAGGUUGCUUCGACCCUUCUGAACGACGCCCCAGAGCGAAAAGGUCCGGUGGCUAUGAAGUCAGAGGAAGCGCUUGUGAAGCUUAUCGACGUCCUCCUCAAGCUUGAAGGAACUGGCCCGAGCGGCAGCAGCAUGGCCGGGGAGAAUAUGACACCGCACGAUGAAGAAGAGGAGAUGCGCAAUUGGGCUCAUCUGCGGGACUAUCAACAGCGUUUUGCUGCGCAGGGUGGUUUUGCUGGAAACAUUUGA